UAAACUUAAAAAUCAUAUACAAUCCGAACAUUACUUGGAUUGAAUUGUAAUGAUUUCAAUUCGAAAUCAAAAAUCUAAAAUUUUCAUAUCCAAUCCGGAACACCAUAGAAGAGACUAGACCAACAACAGUUGGUCCAACUUGGAAGGCCCGAAAGCCAAAAAGCCCAUCCAGUACUCAGUCGGAUGUCUUGGUGAAGACGAAUCAGGGGUCUUCUUCCCCCUGCCCCCUUCACCUCUCUCUCUUACUUCACUUCCAAUCUUCUUCUACAAAUCUAGAGCGCUCUCUGCUAAUCAACAUGACAAAGCAGCAAGCAAACUGGUCUCCUUAUGACAACAAUGGAGGAACAUGUGUAGCGGUAGCAGGUGCAGAUUACUGUGUAAUUGCAGCAGAUACAAGGAUGUCUACUGGAUACAACAUUCUUACUCGCGAUUACUCCAAAAUCAUCAAACUCGCGGAUAGAUGUGUGAUGGCCUCUUCAGGAUUUCAGGCUGAUGUGAGAGCUUUGCAAAAGGUUUUGGCAUCCCGGCAUCUGAUCUAUCAGCAUCAGCACAACAAACAGAUGAGCUGCCCAGCCAUGGGUCAGCUACUUUCAAACACUCUUUACUACAAGCGGUUCUUCCCUUACUACUCCUUCAACGUUUUAGGUGGGCUUGACAGUGAAGGGAAGGGUUGUGUUUUCACGUAUGAUGCUGUUGGAUCCUAUGAGAGGGUUGGAUACAGUUCUCAAGGUUCUGGUGCAACCCUUAUCAUGCCUUUCCUGGACAACCAGCUAAAGUCUCCCAGCCCUCUCUUGUUGCCUGCCAAGGAUGCUGUUACACCACUUUCUGAAUCAGAAGCCAUUGAUUUGGUGAAAACAUGCUUUGCUUCAGCAACUGAAAGGGAUAUAUACACUGGUGACAAGCUAGAGAUAGUGAUAUUAAAUGGCAGUGGUAUUCGUAGGGAGGAAAUGGAUCUUAGAAAGGACUGAUUCCUCACCUUGUUCUGGUGUUCAUGUUUGUUCAGAAAGCAUAGAUGGUGAAUUCCUGGAGAAUUCCUUCGUAUGAUUAUUGCAGAUGAGUUAUGAAUUUGAUCAUGGAUGAAUGUCAUAUGAAGUAUAUUUCCUAUUAAGUAGUGUGUGUUUUAGUAUCCUGUGAUGUGGGGUAUUUGAUGCCGUCUGUGGAACAUUUCAAAGUUGAUUUUUGUAUUCAGUAAUCCAUGAUGCAAGUUGUUUUUCCUCUUUUUA